UUGAUGCACUUAACACAGCCAUCUGUGCAAGCUGGCUAAGGGAGAAAGAGGGCAGAACCAAUCCGCAUUCCCAAACGGUCUUAUGCAUACCACGUUAGUAGCCACCUCAUCAACAGGUUAUAGGUAUCUUUGCUGCACUGUUUGAGCAUAAAUUUGGAGAGAAUGCCUGAAAUGACUGAGGAACUAGAAGUUAUCUAGCACAUACUGGACAGACAACAAAAGUCGAAGCUGAAGGACUCCAGAUAACUUUGCCUUCAAGACCGCCAGACUCCUGGAUUUACAAUUUUAUUUCCUGGCCUGACUUGUUUUUCCUUGAAUCCUUAAAUCACUUUGAAUGCAACAAUGGGCUGUUCUCCAUCUAAAGGAAAGUUAUUUUCAAAGCCAGAAGGAUCUCCAAAAGCUUCUCUGGGUGAAGUACCACAGGAUGUUAAUAAUUGUAGACCUGUAGAAGUUGAGAAUACAUGUUUGAAAACCGAAGUGACCGAAAAUGAACUUCCACUUCCGAAUGAAGGAUUUCAUAGCGAAGAGACUGAAUUAUUUCCAUUGGUCUCUGAUGCAAAGACUGUACCAAAUCUGCAGGACACCGAUGAAACAGAAGUAAACACGAUGCCCCAAGAAAUAAUCACCGAUGUGGAACAAACCAAAGGAAUUAAAAAGACAGCAAAGCAAAAAAGAAGUAAAGGCAAGAAAAGGUCUUUUGAGAAUCACAGGAAGUUCUGUCAUGUACAGACAAAGGUGGACUUCCCACCUCACAUGCUGAGAGCUCAUCAGGCAGCCUAUAACUUUCUGAACCCAAACAUUUCCAAAUAUGAAACUCUUUUGGGUCUACUAGAUCAGGCUGCCCAGACACAGCUGUCCCUCCAGCCCAUGAUGUCUGCUUUAGUAUUGCGCUUUGAGGAGAUCAACCAAGCACUAGAGGAUAUGGCUGAUGAGGGGGAGCUGAUGUUGAAGGAGCAUGGUGAAUACAUGACCUUACCUUCUGGGAUGAUUUGCUCAGCUAACCCUAGAAUGAAUACAACAUGUCAAACCGAUCCACCUCCAGAUCUUUUACAGCAACUACUCCAACAGUCAACUGAAAAGAUGAAGUUAGUGGGAGGGUCAGUCCAGGCACUAGGUGACACUACACUUGAGGAGGCAGUGGAAUAUUUUUCUUUUGUCUAUAAAGUGCUAAAUAAGAAGCUGCAGACGAAGCAGACGGCAGAGAAGAGGCUUUUUCAAGUGAUCGCAAAAGUAGAAAGGGCAGCCAUGAGGAAGUUCAACUCAGAAGAUUCAACACUGCAUAGUGAGGAUAGUGGUAUCGGAGGAGAAAAUGAGAGUCUGACGGGUUCUGAAAGGCAUCGCCGGCAUCGUGGAAGUGCUGGAUCUGAAAGUUGGGGGUCUGGAGUCAACAUUCGGAGUGCAUUUGAUAGUCUCCCCAGUAAUUCGACCAACCUUGGAGACCAUAAUGAAGAUGAGGAUGAGGAUGAGGAUGAUUAUGAUGACGAUGAUAAAGAGAAUGAAGAGGAGGAAAGUGAUACACGAGGAAGGAAGAGGUCAAACUCUUCCCCACCUGAUCCCAGUCAGGCCAUUCAUUAUAUGUUCACAAAUUACAAUCGAGAUCAGCAGGCAACAGUCAAACAAUCGCUGAUUGAUCCUGUUAUUGCAAAGCCUGAACACCUUUCAUUAACUACGUGUGGAAUGACAGAAUUACAAAACAGCCAGUGGGUCUUGGAUGAUAGAAUAAAAAUGAUGGCUGAAAUACAAGGAAACAAGGAAUUACCAAGACCUCAUUGCAAGCUGGAUAGAGCUGAAGUAAGACGGCAUUCAUUAAAUGGAUUGUCAGGUUUACACAAAGGCGUUGUGAGACCAAAUAAGACAAAUUGUUCUGUAACAAUCUUAGCAAACCAACCACCAAAACGCCACUCUGUCAGAAGGUUAAUUCAUACCUUUAGCAAAGUAGCUGAUGGGAGACCUGAGCAGAGUCUCACUAAUAUUCCACCUCAUAACAGGAUGCCCAGGAAAAGUGGCUUACUUCAGUUAUCUGACGCAGUAAAUGACAAGGAAAGUUCAGUCAACAGUGGCAACAACAACAACAGCUGGCCUGAUAGCAAGGACGAGCUGGAUAUGGACAACCUACCACCGCCCCCCCCAGAAGUUCUGAUGGACAAUUCCUUUCAGAGUACUCAAGUCCUAGCAGGAACUGAAGUGGGUUUGCAGAAACCUUUUAGUUCUCAAGUGAUAAACCCCAAGAUUGGAAUCUUCCAUCGCCUGAAGGCAUCUAUCCACAAUGUAGAAGUGUUACCAAACCGAGCAUGUAUGAGGCCAAGGUCGAUUGCUAUCUCUCCUGCCCAUCCUGUUACACAGGAUGGUGUUAUGGGCACUCAGGAUGCAGAUCAGCUGCAAUCAGAAACAGAUCUGAACCUGGAAAUUAAGAAGGCUAAUAAUCUCUACCAAAAGGCAUGUAAGAUUAUUCACCUGCGUGAUGCAGCAGAAUCUUCUGAUAAGAGAAAUCUUGUUGAACCAGGCAUCAGGGCAACUUCUCCUCUUCAACUCACAAUAGAUCGGAAAUAUAACAGCAAUGAAUUUUAUGAGGGUGAAUUAUCCUCUUGCAGUCUGACUGUGAUAGCACCACCUGUAUCUAGAGUCCGCCUUCCACCAUCUUGUCCUAGUACAUGCAAAAGAUUUCCAAGUCCCCCUGUAAUUAGACCUCAGUCUACAUCUAGGCACUCAUCUCGUCCCAGUUCUCCCAGAACAGUGACACGCUGUAUAGAUAACAAGACAGAAGAAAUCAUUCCAUCUGUAUCCUUUCGCGACGCACGCUCUGUUUUCUGUCAAAAUGAGUUUCAAAACUUGAAGACCUGUUUGCCCCCUGAAAGGUCUGCGCUUCCCAGACAAGGGGGAGAGGUCUCCCGAGGAAGACUACUGACCAGAGCAACAGACACCUCUACUCGUCGCACCCAAUCAGACCAUAGGCCUAGUGGGACUCUUCAUUCAGAGUUUCUAAAGGAUGCCAGUUUGGCCUCUAUGCAGGAGAAAGGGAGUAACCUAUUGCCACAAAAUACAGGCUAGGAAGCCUUCCAAUGACAGGAGAUGAUGACACCCUAAAGUCCAGCUGUGAAUGGCCAGGGUUUCUAAAGUAAAAUAUGAGUCGGGAAGAGAAUAAUGAAAGAAGUUGUAUAUUAGCAGGGACUGGGUUUUUUUUUUUUUUCUCUUUUCCAGUUAGACUUUUUUUUAAAGACUCUGCAGUAAUACAUGUAAUUAAGGAUUAAAGCAUUUUUCUACUCUAUACUGAACCCUGAGUGAUAAACCUCAAGUAGUUUUAAAGAGACGUGUAUUAUAUGUGUUUUGUUAAAACAACUAUACUUUUAAAUCCCUCACAAUCAGGGAGUUGUUUUGGGGUUCAAUAUCAAAAUAAUGUAAUUUACAUGAUCAUUAAAUGUACUAAUUUGUUGU